UUGAUUCUGUUCCAAAUGAACAUAUUCUCAUCACCCGAUCCCGCUGUUAAAAAGCUAUUAGGCUGGAAAUUGGGAGAUGAAGAAGAUAGAUGGGCAUUGAAAGCUGUAGACUCUUUGGUAAAGAAGAUGCGGAAGCGGAAGAAUCAUUGCUAUGGCACUGUUGAAGAUUUGGAGUACGCCCUAGCAAAUCCUGGUUCUCGUAGCAGGAAAGGAUUGCCACACGUGAUAUAUUGCCGUGUUUGGAGAUGGCCUAAUUUGCAAUCACAUCAAGAGCUCAAAACAAGUGAAGAUUGUCUCUUUCCAUAUGAUGCACGAAGUGAACAGAUAUGUAUUAAUCCCUAUCAUUAUCAUCGAGUGGAUCAACCAAAUACAGGAAAAAUAGAACUGAGCAACAAAAUGUCCUUGCUCUCCAGCACUCCUCAACUUCCUCCCCCAAAUUCGCUUUCUUCUUUGCUUGGAUCAAAAAGUGCUGUAUGUGGCUGUGCUUCAUCCUCCUCCUGCUCUUCCUCUUCUUCGUAUUCUUCAUCCUUUUCAUCUUCAUUCUCUACUGGACAGCCUAAUUCCACCUUACAAAAUCACCAACAGGGAGGGCAUUUGCAGCAAAUUGGUCAUUUCCAUCUCUCACCUUCUGCACUCAGCGAUGACGAUGAUUAUUUGUCCCAAUUAGUACCUACAAUAUCCUCGCAUUCCAUAAUCGCUAAAAAUACUUAUGCUCGUCCACAACCUGUUUAUUGGUGUUCCAUUUGUUACUAUGAACUAAAUACAAGAGUAGGGGAGCCGUUCAAGGUCUCCGUUAAUACGGUAGUAAUAGAUGGAUUUACUGAUCCUUCAAGUGAAUCACGCAUUUGUCUUGGUCUCCUUUCAAAUGUCAACAGAAAUUUUACGAUUGAGAAUACACGUCGUCAUAUUGGAAUGGGAAUUCGGCUUAGUUGUACCGAUAAUGGAGUAUUACUGUUCAAUCAAUCCGAUUCGGCCGUAUUUGUACAAUCGAGGAAUGCAAAUUUCAAGUACGGGUUGCAGGCGACAGCAGUUUGUCGCGUGCCUCCUGGCGGGGCAUCAAUGUUGAUAUUCGAUUAUUUGAUCUUUGGGGGUAUGCUAGAAAAGGCAAAAAGUGAUGGAUAUCAACACGUUUAUGAAUUACAAAAAAUGUGCUUUGUAAGACUUUCGUUUGUAAAGGGUUGGGGAGCAGAUUAUCACAGGCAGGAUGUUACAUCGACUCCUUGUUGGCUUGAAUUACAAUUACAUCAACCAAUGGCGUGGGUUGAUAUGGCAUUGUCAGAUUUGGAACCGCCAGAUCAUAGAGGGAUCACUUCUGUCUCUUGA